UCAUCACGUGUAUUUAAAUAACAUUAUUUCAUUAUUUAACUAAAAUAUAAUAUUAAUAAUAUAUUAUAAAAUAACUUAUCACAUUAAUUUGAUUAUCGAGAGCGAGUUAGAUUUAUUUAAAAUCAAACAGUUUUGUUAAAAUUAGAUUUUGCACAAUUUAUUGAAAUGGUGUAUAAGAAACGUAAAAUUAAAGUGUUCAGACCAAGGAAAAAGAAAGAAUCCAUUGAUGUAGUAAUAUCAAAACUUAAACAAGACUACGAAAAAAUUGACCCAAGUUCAAUUGAAAAAUUUGACGAUUUUCCUUUAUCAGCUCCUACAAUCAAAGGCUUAAAGGAAAAUAAGUACUUAAUUCCAACAGAAAUACAACGAGAGAGCAUUGGUUAUAGUUUACGCGGUGAAGAUAUAUUAGGAGCUGCCAAAACUGGUAGUGGCAAAACACUAGCAUUUCUAAUACCAGUACUAGAAUUAUUGUACUGUAACAAGUGGACUCGCUCUGAAGGAUUAGCAGCAUUAAUAAUAACUCCAACUAGAGAAUUAGCUUAUCAAAUUUUUGAAACACUUCGUAAAAUUGGAAUUCAUCAUGAGUUUUCAGCUGGCUUAAUAAUUGGAGGAAAAGAUCUAAAAUUUGAACGUAAACGUCUAGAUCAAUGUAACAUAAUGAUAUGCACUCCAGGCCGUCUUUUACAGCAUAUGGAUGAAAACCCAUUAUUUGAUUGUUCUAAUAUGUUAGUUUUAGUAUUAGAUGAAGCUGAUCGUUGUUUAGAUAUGGGCUUUGAAAGUACUAUGAACUCUAUAAUUGAAAAUUUACCUCCUGAAAGACAAACUAUUUUAUUUUCUGCAACUCAAACAAAAUCUGUGCGGGAUUUAGCUAGACUUAGCUUAAGCAAUCCUCAUUUUAUAUCUGUACACGAGACCUCUGAGUAUAGUACACCUGCUGGUUUGGUACAAAGCUAUAUGGUAUGUGAACUACAUGAUAAAAUGAGUUUGUUAUGGUCAUUCAUAAAAAAUCAUUUACAUCAUAAAGUCCUUGUGUUCAUGUCAAGUUGUAAACAAGUCAAAUAUUUUUAUGAAGUUCUGUGUAAACUUAGACCAGGAACAAGUUUAUUAGCCUUAUAUGGUACAAUGCACCAAACAAAAAGAAUGGCUGUGUAUGAGUCUUUUUGUAGAAAACAGCGUGCUGUACUGUUUGCUACAGAUAUAGCAGCUAGAGGACUUGAUUUUCCUGCUGUUAAUUGGGUUGUUCAAUUAGAUUGCCCAGAAAACGCAAAUGAGUAUAUUCAUAGAGCAGGGAGAACUGCUCGUUUUCAAAAAUCUGGGGAAUCUUUAUUAGUAAUUUUACCAUCUGAAACUCCUAUUUUAGAACAAUUGGAAAGUAAAAAAAUUCCAAUUCAAGAAAUAAAAGUUAAUCCAAGUAAAUUAACUUCAGUUCAACGAACAUUAGAAGCUACAUUAGCUAAAGAUCAUAUACUUAAAGAAUCAGCUCAAAGAGCAUUUGUUGCUUAUAUCAAAUCUGUAUUUUUAAUGAAAGACAAGAAAGUAUUCAAUGUGUCAGCAUUAGACACUGAUGCAUUUGCCAGGUCUCUAGGUUUAGCAGUUCCACCUCGUGUUAGAUUUUUACAAAAAUGGAAAAAAUCAAAGGAAGCUAAAAUUAUAGCCAAGGAGUCUGAAGAUCUAACUUUGAAUAAUGACCUAAGAAAUAAACUUAAUAAAACAUCUGAUUACGAAAAUUCAGAGGAUGAACCUGAGUCAGAUCACUCAUAUCGAAAAGAUUCUUAUAAAUUUCAUGACGAUGGUAUUAGUGAUGAAGAAAAUGAUGAUCUUCUUACUAUAAAACGUAAAGAUCAUAAUAUUCCCGAUAACAAUGAUGAUAUUCAAGAAAACAGUAAUAAUGAAGAACAAAUUUAUGGGGAUUUUAAUAAGAAAAAUAAAAAGCCAUUAACUAAAGCUGCAUUGGCUAAAAAAAUGAUAAAAAAAAAAAUUAAACCAAAUCAAAAAACAGUAUUUGAUGAAAUAGGAGAGGUUGUCUUGGAUAAAACUAAAACAAAAGUGUCAGAUCUUGCUAGAGAGUAUGAAAAUAGUUAUGAUAUUGGAGGUAUUGAUAUCGAAAAAGCAAAACAAAUCUUAAGAGAGGAAGAUAAAUUUGACAAACAGCUUUUCCGAGAAAAGGUAAAAGCCAAACAUAGAGAACAAAAAAGAAAAGCUAAAGAAGCUAAAAGAGCAGAAAUGGAAGAUGCAAGUUCAGAUGAUGAUGUAUCUGUUGACUUAUCUUGGUUACCAGACCCUGAUAAGGUGUAUGGAAAAAAUAAUAACAGUGAAUUAGAUAAUGAUUCUCAACCAGAAUCAAAUUCUAAUUAUGAAGAUGAAGAUGAUGACGAUGAGGAUGAAAAAGAUGAAGAGUUGUCUCAAAUUCAUAAGCCGACUAAAAGAAAACUAUUAAUUUCAAAUUCAAAUAAAAAACGUAAAAAGUUAAAUGAAAUUGAAGAUGAGCCAGUUGAUACUGGUUUAAGUUUAGUGGAAGAUGAAGAAUUAGCAUUACAAAUGUUAGAUACAUAAUUUAUGUAUUAUUUUUAUUUAAUUAAAUUCAUUUUUGUUAUUGUUUCUUAAAUAUUAACAUUAUAAUAAAUUAAUUGAACUAUUUUUAUAA